CCACUUAGUUUUAUUACUAUAAUUCAUAUUCAUAUCUCAACAUGUUUAUCUAGUUGCCUAGUUGCAACCUAGGAUUUGAUAUAAUCUCUCAAAAAUCCAAACACAACACUCAUCUUUGUUUCUUUUCACCUUUUCAUCACACAAAAAGGUUUCAAACACACACUGAAUCCAGAACAACAAUCUUAAAACCUGUUCUUUUUUAUUUUUCUGGCUAUGUUAAUGCGUCACCUUCACAAAUCUGACUCUGAAAUCGGAAAACAACAUAACUUGAAUCUCUCUUCCGAUUUAUCUCAAAAUCAAACUCAUUUUUCAAUCCAAGUUACACCUUUUUCUUCUCCUCAUUCACCAAACUCACCAACACUCUUUCAUUUUCACAAUGAACAACGCUUCUCUAACAAUAAUAACCCAUCUUCACCAUCUCAAACACCUCCUCACAAAACCCAUCAAAACACUUCAUUCUUUACCUCAAAGUUUACAACUCUCAAGAUUUUAACUCGUUUGCAUUUCAUCAUCUUCCUUUCCUUAACCUCUCUUUACUUUCUCAUUUCACAACCGACUCUUCUAGAUUUCGUUUUGGUCCUCGUCUUGUCUUCAGCGCUUUUUAUUUCUAUCAACCUAGCACUCCCUCGUUUACCCUCUAUUCGAUUGUUCUUGACACGAUCGUUUAGCAAAAACCUUUCUUCAACGGAUUCUCAUCAACCUGUUGUAUGGUCAAUUGGGUCGAAGCACGAGGGGUUGAAGAGCUUAAAUUCUGGAUCUUGGGUUCAAGUUUAUAGUAAUGGAGAUGUUUAUGAAGGUGAGUUUCAUAAGGGGAAGUGUUCAGGGAGUGGUGUUUAUCAUUUUCAUAUGAGUGGGAGAUUUGAAGGUGAUUGGGUUGAUGGAAAGUAUGAUGGGUAUGGUGUUGAAACGUGGGCUAGAGGAAGUAGGUAUCGUGGACAGUAUAGGAAGGGUUUGAGACAUGGAAUUGGAAUUUAUAGGUUUUUUGGGGGUGAUGUUUAUACUGGUGAAUGGUGUAAUGGUCACUGUCAUGGGUUUGGAGUUCAUACUUGCAGUGAUGGGAGUCAUUAUGUUGGGGAGUUUAAAUGGGGUGUCAAACAUGGACUAGGCCGGUACCAUUUCAGAAAUGGGGACAUAUAUGCUGGAGAGUAUUUUGCCGACAUGAUGCACGGCUUUGGAGUUUAUCGAUUUCAGAAUGGUCAUCGAUAUGAGGGUGCUUGGCACGAAGGAAGAAGACAAGGACUAGGAAUGUACACAUUCAGAAAUGGAGAAACACAGUGUGGCCACUGGCAGAAUGGAAUUCUUGAUAAUCCUAAAAGGCAAGACAAUCAUACUGAAUCUCCAUGUGUGGUAGACCAUGCCAAGGUUUCCAAAGCUGUCCAGGAUGCACAUGGUGCGGCGGAGAAAGCAUCGAGUAUAUCAAAGAUGGAUGAAAUGGUGAACAAAGUUGCAGCUGCAGCUAAUAAAGCAGCAAAUGCAGCUAGAGUUGCAGCUGUAAAGGCUGUGCAAAAUACAAUGCACCACAAUAAUAAUAACCAAUGAAUUGCGCUCACUCUUGUGAUGAUUGAAGAGCAUUUCGUCUUCGGUAAACAAAAUGAAUGCAAGGAAGAUGAAAUCAUAGAGAUACAACAACAACCAAGUCAUGGAUUAAUUUCUGCCAUGCAUCGGUUCAAAUCUUUAAUUUCGAAAUCUUUCUUUUUCUAGGUAUAAUUAGAUUUUGGUAAGUCAUGCUUUCUUUGGGUUGGUAUUGCUGUGAGGUGCCUACUUGGAACCACUUUGUGUCAUUGAACUAUAUGGCAGAUUGUGGAGCAAAUAGAUUCCUCACUUUUAGUGGCUUAUUUUAUGUAUAGGAAGGGUAAAGAUAAUAUAUACUUAAAGAGUUGCAUUGUGUAUGGCAUAAGUGCCAAAAAAAUUACGAAAGUUUAGUAUAGUAUAGUGUAGAGUUUACAUGCUGGUUUUCUGUUAUAAACAUAUGAGUGUAUGUUUGGUUUUAGGCAAGAGAGUGAUUAUGCUUCUUGGUGGAAAUAUAAAUGUUUGGUUGCUGUCAUACAAAUGUAUAAUACAUUGAAACGAAAUGAAUGAAUGAGAGUUAUAUUUAUACAA